GGUCCACCGACCUCCAGGCCCCGGAACGCCCGCCAUGGCCCAGCUCCAACCACGGCCGCGCUGGGAGCCGGACGCCGGGAACCGGACCCAACUGGCCGCCUUGGCCAUCAACGAGUGUCCGUGGUGCGACUACGGCCUGGGGAGAGUCCUGCUGGUCAGGAACAUCCUCAUCCUGCUCGCCGACCCCGGCGGCCUGGUGGCCAACGGCCUGGUCCUCUGGUUCCUCGGCCUCCACCUCAAGCGGAACCCAUUCACCGUGUACCUCCUCAACCUGGCCUUGGCCGACUUUGCCUUCCUCCUGUGCCAGCUGCUGUUCGUCCUGCUCAGCCUCGGGCACCGGGAAGAUCAGUUCCUCUUUCACACCGACCUCUACAUGGACCGGGGAACCGUCUCUCCCUACAUCACGGCGCUGGGCACGGUGACCGCCCUCAGCGCCGAGCGAUGCCUGUCCGUCCUCUUCCCCAGCUGGCACCGCUGCCGCCGGCCACCCCACCUCUCGGCCACCGUGUGCGGCCUGCUCUGGACCCUGGCCGUCCUGUGGCACCUUUUUGGGGACCACUACUGCUACGACUGGGCAAGGGGAUUCCUCGAGCAGCCCUGCUAUGAGUUCAGCAUAGCCUGGGCCGCCCUGCUCUUCCCCCUCGCCGCCGUCAUGCUGCUGUCCGGCCUGGCCCUGCUGUUCAAGGUGCAGUGCGUUGUCCGGCCGAGGCGGCCGGCCAGGCUGUACGUCGUCACCCUGCUCUUGGUGCCCGUGUUCCUCGUGUGUGGCCUGCCCCUGGGCGUCAAGUGGUUCCUCUCCGGCCUGUUGUCAGGCUCUCUGGGCUGGCUGGACCACUAUUUCCACAUUUUCUACUACGUGGCCGACAUCCUGUCCUGUGCCAACUGCUGCGCCCACCCGCUCGUCUAUUACCUGGUGGGGAGGCGGUGGAAGCGCCGGCCGCGGGAGCCCGUCGGGGUGGUCUUCAAGAGGGUCUUGGGGGACGACGGCGAGCUGGGCGGGGAGGAGGGGGACACCCCCGCCCCAGCCACAGUGGAGAUGGCGGCCAGCGGGGCCCCGACUGGGAGCCCCAAGAUGAACGCUCUCCUCAACAGCACGGCCCCCGUGCGACCUCUGCCCUAGGCCCAGUGAGAGCCCCCCGGCUCCCUAAGGAGCAGGAAAUGGGAUCCCCUCUUGUCUGUGCCUAUCUCCUGCCCUCAGGCUGGAUCCAACGUUGGAAUGGAGAGUCCAGGCUCCCCUGAGAAGCACCAGCCAUGGGGCUGAGGGUCAAAGGGCCCAAGAAGAAUCUUUACCCACCCAACAGGCAAACCCACUGUUCCCAUCCUCCAUCUGUGUCCCCCAUCUCCUAUCUACCCCUCUCCGUAGGAGGAGAGGGCACAGGAGAUGCCCGAGCACCCUGUGCCACCCCAAGGAGUUGGAAGCUUCAGAUCUGGGACUCGGUUUCCUGGUCUCUCCUUGAAAGACUCUCGCCACAGCCAGAAAUGGGCUCCUGUCUCUCAGCCCUCAACCUCUCUGAACUUGGACCCCCAGACUGCCGCCAAAGUGAAGGAAGAUUCCUAGUGCCAAUGUAGCUGACCAACACGGACAUGCAGUGGAUUUUGGGUUUCUGGGUGGAAAUGUUCUAGGCCGGGUCAUAGCCAAAGAUCAAAUCUCAAACCCCAUGAACAGUGGCCAGCUUGUCUAAACAUAUGGAUUGCUGAUCUUUGAAUCCGAAAAACUGCACAGCACAAAUAAAAUA